AUGGGGGAUUCCGAAGUCAAGGUUCCAAUGACAUUCGGAACGAAACUCGUUCCUUCACUUGAUAAACCAGCAACAGAUAUUACCUUGUUUCGACAGAUGAUCGGAUCUUUAUUGUUUCAAGCGGAUCCUCGAGAACCUCACAUGAUGGCAGUUAAGAAAAUAUUAUCAUAUUUGAAACGAACUACUUCACUCAGUUUAUGGUAUCCAUCCAAUUCAGGAUUCUUUGUGCAAGCGUACUCGGAUGCUGACUUAGGGGGAUGUGAGCUUGAUCGAAAAAACACAUCUAAAGCAAAAUACAUUGCAACAUGUGUAUCCUUAUCCACAGCUAAAGCAAAAUACAUUGCAACAACAUCAUGUACAUCACAAGUGGUAUGGAUUCAGAAUCAACUCCAUCAACUCGAUAAUCCUCUCCUUGAUUGA